UCCCCCUACACAGGUAGUCUCUGCACGUUGGAAUGUCACUGAAGUUUGCUAUAUAAGAAUGUAGUCCGUUUACAGUAGACACCUGAAGGCAGUAGACACACCCUAUCAGCAGCGAAAUAAGCUAGAUAUAGGAGUUUCUUUAAAGAAAUCGAAACUAACUCCAUUAUACCUUUCAGCUCACUAGAUUUUACCUGUCUACACAGUUCCUCACAGCUUCAUUUUCAGGUAUCUAUUACCAAAAUGGCUAAGCAAAGUAUGGAAGAUCUGUCUGAUCUAAUGAUUAAAAAGAGGAAGAAGAAGUUCAGUGACAAAGAGGACCAAGUACUGGUCAAGGAAAUCCUAGCCCAUGUUGAGCAAUUAUAUGGACCAAAUGCCUCCAACUCCGUAAGGAAAACAGUUAUCUGGCAAAAUAUUGUCACAAAGAUUAACAAAGAAGGUGGAACAAACCGCACACUCAUAGAUUGCAAAAAGAGAUGGAGUGACUACAAAAGGAAAAUUAGACGUGUGCUAAUGGAAAAAGCUCCUGUUGUUAAUAUGGAAAAGAUUCUAAAUUCCACUCAACUAAAAGUAGCUAAAUUCUUCCGGUUGGAUCAAGAGAACAACAGCGACACUCGAAAAUCAGCAAAUGUCAUGCCUGAUAAUGAAGGCAAGUCGUUGACUGCAUAUAUUCUAUCAUACCUCCCUGGUGUCCCUAUUCCUAAUCCUACCCCUAUCCCUAAUCGUACACCUAACCCUACUCUACCCCUAACCCUACCAUAA